UUUUUUUUCUUGUUAAUUCUGUAAUAUUUAUGUUAAUAUUUAACUGGACAAGUUAUGCAAAUUAUAAUAAAAUAAUAUUACACAUUUUUUUUUUUUAAUUCCAACUUACAUCCUAUUUGAAUAAGUGCCAAUAAAAUUUAAAAAUCAUAUUAAUUAGAAAAAUGAGGACCGUGUGUAAUGAAUCUGAUCGUUCAGUGUUUAACGACUACGAAGAAUCAAUAAUAUUCGAUGAAGAUGAUCCUGAUUUUAGACCUAGUGAUGAUUUGGAAUGCAGCUGUGACAAAAAAGUUGAAAAUACUAACAACAAGAUGUCAGUUACUAGUGUUCAAUCCAUGAACAACCAAAGCUUGAUGAACAUUAAUGACAAAAUGCUCGAUAACAUCGAUCUAGUCAGUGAUAUUGAGCAGGCAGUAACUCUAGAAGAACUCAAAGAAGUUUUUAAAUAUUGUUUCCGUUGUGGAGUCAACUGGGAACAACGACACGUAUCAUUAGAUUGCUUAGAAUGCGGUGGAUAUUCUCUUGAGAGGCCUUGUCCCAUUUGUGCUGGUCACUGUCGAAAUAUUUGGAAACGUGAUCUUGAAGAAUCUCAUCGAAGUGGUGAGGCGAGUUGGAUAGGCGAAUGCUCUUCAAAAUGUAAAGAAAUGGGACGUGAUGUCAAUCAGAUAUGUAAUAGACUCGAAAAAGUUAAAGCUACCUUUUGAGCCGUGAGCGAUACAAAUCUUACACAACUGAGUAACUAAUUUUAAAAAUUUAGAUUAAGUGCAUCACUUUUCUAAUAAUUGUAAUUUUACUCAGUGUAACACGGUGUCAUUUCCUCGUGGUGAUUGUACACUUGUUUUUUGAAUGACACGAAUUCUCAAAAUGAUUUUUUCAUGUACAUAAUAAUUUGCUAUUCCAUUUUCUAUGAAAAUUGUAUAUCAAAUCAAUAUAAAUUAUUUACCUUAUUCUAAUAUUCGUGACAGAAAUUUUGGAUAAAAACCUUAUACUGUAAUAAAUA